GGGAUGAACUAUGAGGGGGCAAGAGAGACAAGCAAGCAAUGAGGCAUCGCCGUGUUUUAGUUGUUGGGAACAAUAACAACAUAGUCAUCCUCGUCGCAUUAGUUCUAUUAACUUCAUUCUCCUACUCUUCUGCUGCUCCUCUAUUGCCUUUGGGAAUUCAUCCUCUAGAUGACAAGUACUUUGCUACAGAUUUUAUCAAAUGUAAAGACGGGUCAAUUUCCUUUAGUAGAGAUCGAAUUAACGACGAUUUCUGUGACUGUCCCGAUGGUUCCGAUGAGCCUGGAACUUCAGCCUGCCCAGCCGGAAAAUUUUAUUGCAAGAAUGUUGGAAGUACUCCUCGGUUUUUGUUUUCCUCCCGUGUAAAUGAUCAAAUAUGUGACUGCUGCGAUGGAAGUGAUGAAUAUGACGGACGUAUGAAUUGUCCCAACACAUGCGUCAUGGGCGGGAAUCUUGAAUACAAAAGGAUUGAUUAUGGUGCAACAACCGGUAACCGUUUUGUUGACAGGAAAGUAGUUCAAAAUAGGCUUGAUGUUGGAGAUUCAGUUCAAAAACUUACAGGUCUAAAGGUGGUGAUAAUCAUACAAGUUUUUUUCAUCAUAGUUGUAUUGAGUUUUCGGCUAUUUCACCGGGGUGUCAGGUCUAGAAGGAGACAAUCCCGCUGAGACAAAAAUCUUGCUAGUUUUUAGUGGUUGCAUUAAUGCUGUACCAGUACUAAAGCUAACUGCUGGAUGGACUAAUAUAUGGAGGAGGGCACUUGCAUCCCGGAGAGGAUAUAUGUUGUUUUCAGUUGUGUAUUUUGUGAUAUUCCUGUAUACAAGUAGCCACAAUUUGUGUUUAUUAGGAACUUGACCCCUCCAAGUUCGUAAAUUACAACUUAGAUCUCAUGAGAUUAGAUUAGAGUCAUUUUUUAUGUGUAUUUGUUUCCAGGUCUGUUAUUGUUAUUGGACAUAGUUUUCGCUUUCAGCUUUUCAAGAAAUUUCCAGGUGAUAAUGUAGUGAACAUUUGAAAUUUUCUACUA